CAAACUCGGGUUCAGUCUCUGUCUCGCAGAGGUGACCUCACCGGGCGCAGGCUUCUCAGGAACAAGGCACAAGCGAUGAUGCAGCGGGCUUUGUUCACCCGGAGCGCCCUGCUCGCCCAGCAGGCGGCAGCGGCCUUCGACGGUCCGUUGGCCGCGAAGAGCGCGCCAGUGCUGCUGCGUCUGGACCGCUCGAUGUCCUCUGUCACUAUACCACCUCCGGCAUGCAUGCUGCGACCACUGGAAGUGCCUCUUCGUUACCUGUUCGGACCGGGACCAUCUAACGUUCCUCCACGCAUCUUAGCUGCAGGAGCCAGGCCAAUAAUUGGUCACCUGCACCCAGAAAUAUAUGAGAUCAUGAAUGACAUCAAGAAAGGAAUCCAGUACGCCUUUCAAACAGAGAACAACAUGACCAUAUCAAUGAGCGGCUCCGGGCACGCAGCCAUGGAGUGUGCCGUAUUCAAUACGGUGGAGCCCGGAGAGAGCGUACUCAUAGCCAUCAACGGGAUCUGGGGAGAGCGCGUUGCAGAAAUUGCAGAAAGGAUGGGUGCCAAUGUACACAGAAUGGUAAAAACGCCUGGAGGAUAUUUCACCAAUACGGAAAUUGAACAGGCCAUAAAAAAACACAAGCCUGUCCUGUUUUUCCUCACACAUGGAGAGUCCUCUGCUGGUCUCUGUCACCCGGUAGAUGGCAUUGGAGACAUCUGCAGAAAACAUAACUGCCUCUUCCUGGUCGACACAGUUGCUUCACUUGGUGCAGCACCAAUUUUUAUGGACAAGCAAAAUAUUGAUAUCCUGUACUCUGGUUCUCAGAAGGCUCUGAAUGCACCUCCUGGCACAGCACCCAUUUCUUUUAAUGACAGAGCGUGCCACAAGAUGUUUAACAGGAAAACAAAACCAGUAUCCUACCUCUUUGACAUGACACAUCUGUCCAACUACUGGGGCUGUGAUGGGAAACCGGCAAGGGUAUACCACCACACUGGUCCAGUAUCAGGAUUCUUUGCCCUGAGAGAGAGUCUGGCCAUUCUUGCUGAGAAGGGGCUGGAGGAGUCCUGGAAGAAACACAAGGAGGUUUCAGCCCAUCUGUACAGAGGACUUGAAGAUCUGGGCCUCAAGCUCUUCAUCCCUGAAAGGGAUUUGAGGCUUCCCUCUGUCACCACCAUCGCCAUCCCCAAAGGUUACGACUGGAGGGAGAUGCUGACCUACAUCAUGAAACACCACCAAAUGGAGAUGACAGGAGGACUGGGUCCUUCCAUUGGCGUGGUGAUGAGGAUUGGAUUGAUGGGAUACAACUGCGAGAAGACUAAUGCUGACAUGGCACUGCACGCCCUGGCGGAUGCUCUCAAGAACUGCAAAAAGAGCAGUGCUUAAGAGCCUAUAUUCCCAGACCACUGACCUUGCAAUAAUUCAUUUUAAAAAGAACAUUUAGUGUGUCCAUAUGCAGGACAGUUGGAACUGUGCAUACUUUUUGGGAAUGCUUUUUUGAUUACAGAGAUUUUAGAAAAACACAGGCUUUUCUUGUAUAAGUAGGCUAAAGAUGAACUAAAGAAGCAGAUAUUGUUGGGGCCACUGUGAGUGCACUGUAAAUGUCAAUAAAGUGAGCUUUAUUUUAUCAAA